AUGGACCCCGUGACGCAGCAGGACAGUCCGUUGUCCGUUGCGGCCAACGUCGCCGGCAUCCUCACCUUCGUCGUCGCCAUCAUUGCGGCAGCGUACGUCCGGAUCACAUACCUGCGUAACAGCGAUGAGGAGUAUUUCCGCGUCAAGGCCUCCCUGUCCUGGUUCAAGACAGAGUCUACAUGGCUCUCGGACCUGAUCCGCACCGCCGGCGAGAGGCCCGGGGGCCCACGUCAGCAGCACCAGCCGGAAUACCAAAUGUAUGCCUUCGUCAUGGACGACCUGGUCAAGCUGGAGCAGCGCAUCCUCGAGCUGCUAGCCGAAGCCGAGACAAAGGCCGCCGGCCAGGAUGCGGAGAACCAGGGCAAGUGGACGCUCGUGCCCAAGAGCUGGAGCUUCACGACCAAUGUCGCCAUGGCCUGGCUGCCCGUCCGUUCCAAGACAUUGGACUUGGUCCGGCAGCGCGAGGCUCUGACGGCUCGGGUGCAGUUCACGCAAAUGAGCAUGAUAUCUUCGCGAAUUCGAGAUUUGGAGUCAAGGACCACGUGGACGGAGGCGAAGACGGAAGACAGCUUUAUUCGUAUGGAGAAGCAAAUCGCCGAGCAGCGAGCCCAGAUCCAUCGGCUGGAGGAUCUCGUCUACCGUCUGAUGCAUCGGAAUCGGCUCCGCAACGCACAUGCACACAUACACGACCAGUCGUUGACCGACGCCAUCAAAUCACGGCGAGUGUCCGACUCUUCGCAGCCAAGCCCAACAACCGAGCCAACGAGGCGGGGGCGCGAACGAAGGGCCAGUUCUCAGUCAACCAAGAGAUCCUCGAGGUCCAAGUAG